AUGCGAUUUUUUUUUUUUUUUUUUUUUUUUUGGAUUUGUUUGAGGAGUGGGGGAGGAAAAAAAAAAAAAAAAAAAUGGGAAUUUUCUUUGGGAAUUUUCUCUGCUCAGGUGCCGGAGCCGGAAUGUUGUGUGGAAAUUUUGGAUUCCAACAAUUCCUGCCCCAUCAGCCACCAGUGCGGCCCAGGCUGUUUUCGGCGCUGGAACGACGACGGCAGCAGCAGCUGCGUGAGCUGCAGGGACAACUGUGGGAACGGGAGCCGCGGGCUCAGCUCCCACCUGAACCUGAGCACGGCCACGCCCUGGAGCCAGAACCUGGGAGGUCCGGAAGUCGCCGCUUCCUUGAUUUUGGGGACGUUUUUUCUCAGUUUGUUCCUGAUCCUUUCCGUGGCUUCUUUUUUCUACCUCAAACGAGCGAACAAACUGCCAAAGGUUUUCUACGGGAGGAACAAAGCAUCCGUUCUCCAGCCCAGUGAAACAGCAUCCAUGAUCUCUCCUCCAGCUUCUUCAGGUGAGGAAUUUCUGGAUUGUGCUAAAAAUAACCAGAAAAUCCCAAAAAAAUUUCAGAAAUUCCCAAAAAAACUGGAAUGUGUGGAGGGAGCAGAACUGGGAUUUAUGGGAAUUCAGGCCAAAGGGUUCCUGGGAUUUGGGGUGGAAAAUCCAAUUUUUGGGGUUUAGUUUUGGGGUUUUUUUUGGUUUAAUUUUGGGUUUUGUGGGUUUAAUUUUGGGUUUUUUUGGGUUUAAUUUUUGGGUUUUGUGGGUUUAAUUUUGGGGUUUUGGGUUUCAUUUGGAUUUUUGGGUUUAAUUUUGGGGUUUGUGGGUUUGAUUUUUUGUUUUUGGGUUUAGUUUCGGGGUUGUUUUGGUUUAAUUUUGGGGUUUGUGGGUUUAAUUUUGUUUUUUUGGGGGUUAAUUUUGUUUUUUUGGGGUUUAAUUUGGGUUUUUGGGUUUAAUUUUUGGGUUUUUGGGUUUAAUUUUUGGGUUUUGUGGGUUUAAUUUUGAGUUUUUUCAGUUUAAUUUGGGUUUUUGGGUUUAAUUUUGGGGUUUGUGGGUUUAAUUUUGGGUUUUUUGGGUUUAAUUUUGGGGUUUUUUGGUUUAAUUUUGGGGUUUUUUGGUUUAAUUUUGGGGUUUGUGGGUUUAAUUUUGUUUUUUCGGGGUUUAAUUUGGGUUUUUUGGGUUUCAUUUGGGUUUUUGGGUUUAAUUUUGGGUUUUGUGGGUUUAAUUUUGGGUUUUGUGGGUUUAAUUUUGGUUUUUUGGGGUUUAAUUUUGAGGUUUUUGGAUUUAAUUUUGGGGUUUUUGGGUUUAAUUUUGGGGUUUUUGGGUUUAAUUUUGGGGUUUUUGGGUUUAAUUUGGGUGUUGUGUUUUAGGGAUUUAGGUUUGGGUCGGUGGUUGUGUUUUGUGGGGUUUGGGUUUUGAUGUUUUUGGGGCUGAUGUUUUUUGGGAUGUUUUAUUUCUGUUGAUUUUGGGGCUGAUGUUUUUUGGGGCUGAUGAUGAUUUUGGGGAUGUUUUUGGGGCUGAUGUUUUUAGGGAUGUUUUAUUUCUGAUGAUUUUGGGGCUGAUGUUUUUUGGGAUGUUUUAUUUCUGUUGAUUUUGGGGCUGAUGUUUUUUGGGGCUGAUGAUGAUUUUGGGGAUGUUUUUGGGGCUGAUGUUUUUAGGGAUGUUUUAUUUCUGAUGAUUUUGGGGCUGAUGUUUUUAGGGAUGUUUUAUUUCUGAUGAAUUUGGGGCUGAUGUUUUUUGGGGUGUUUUAUUUCUGAUGAAUUUGGGGCUGAUGUUUUUUGGGGUGUUUAUUUCUGAUGAAUUUGGGGCUGAUGUUUUUAGGGAUGUU